GGUCCCCCUGGGAGAGUCCCAUGAGGGCAAGGGAGUGAUGGAGAGUAUGCCCAGCUUCCUGAAGGACACCCCAUCCUGGGAGAAGACAGCCUCAGAGAAUGGCAUCGUGGGACAGGAGCCUAGUACCCCUCCGAGGGAUGGCCUGCGCCACGGAGCACUGUGCCUGGGAGAGCCUGCUCCCUUCUGGAGGGGCGUUCUGAGCACCCCAGACUCCUGGCUUCCCCCUGGCUUCCCUCAGGCCCCCAAGGACACGCUCUCCUUGGUGGAGGGUGAGGGGCCUCGCAAUGGGGAGAGGAAGAGUAGCUGGCUGGGCAGCAAGGAAGGACUGCGCUGGAAGGAGGCAAUGCUGACCCACCCGCUUGCCUUCUGUGGGCCAGCAUGCCCACCUCGCUACGGUCCACUGAUUCCUGAGCAUGGUGGCGGCCAUCCCAAGAGUGACCCUGUGGCCUUCCGGCCUUUGCACUGCCCUUUCCUGCUGGAGACCAAGAUCCUGGAGCGAGCUCCCUUCUGGGUGCCCACCUGCUUGCCACCUUACCUAGUCUCCAGUCUGCCCCCAGAGCGUCCAUGUGACUGGCCCUUGGCCCCACACCCCUGGAUGUACUCCGGAGGCCAGCCCAAAGUGCCCUCUGCCUUCAGUUUAGGCAAGGGAUUUUACCACAAGGAUCCGAACACUCUCAGGCUGACAAAGGAGCCUUUGGCAGCAUCAGAGCCUGGGUUCUUUGGCUUGGCCCCUGGUGGGCAUCUCCAGAGAGCUCGUGAGGCCGAAGGCCCUUCACUUCUCCAGAGGGAUGGGGAGACAGGAACUGCCAGGCAGGAGAAUCUUUGCCCGCUUUUCCUAGGGCACCCAGACACUGUUCCUCAGACGCCCUGGCCUGCUUGUCCUCCAGGCCUGGUCCAUACUCUUGGCAAUGUCUGGCCUGUGCCAGGCAGUAGCAGCCUUGGGUACCAGCUAGGACCACCAGCCACACCAAGGUGCCCUUCUCCUGAGCCUCCCACGCCUCAGGGGGGAUGCUGCUCUUCCCACUCACCCGUUAGAGAAGGGGACCUUGGUCCUUGUGGGAAGUGUCAGGAAAGCCUAGAGGGAGGUGCCAGGGGGCCAGGUGAAUCCAGAGAGGACGUGAACAAGGCCGGUCCCAGGGUCUGCUCCACCAGUCAUCACACCAAGCUAAAGAAAACCUGGCUCACUCGGCACUCGGAGCAGUUUGGGUGCCUGGGAGGCUGCCCUAGGGAAAAGGGGAGCCAUACAGCCCGCAUCCGGGCACUCAAAAGGGCAGGCAGUCCUGAGGUCCAGGGAGCAGCUGGGGGCCCAGCUCCCAAGCGCCCACCCCACCCUUUCCCUGGCACUGUAGGGCAGGGUACUAGGGCUUGGCAGGAGGUGCUGGACACAUCCACAGAGAGCAAGCCGGAGGCAGAAGAGCUCAGAGGCAUCCCUCACUGCCAAAGCUGUGCCCAGGCAGCCGAAGAGAUGGGAGGGCUGACCAGUUGCUCUGAGCAAUCACAGAGGUUGCCUCCAGGAGGGGAACAGCUGAAGGAAGAGGACUUGCCAGCCAGCUUGGAGGAUGGACGGCCUGGCCUAGAGAUGCGGCUCAGCAAGGGCCUUGCCAAGCACUUGCUGAGUGGUUUGGGGGACCGACUGUGCCGUUUGCUGCGGAGGGAACGGGAGGCUCUGGCCUGGGCCCAGCGUGAAGCAGGCCAGGGGCCAGUUGUGACAGAGGACAGCCCAGGCAUUCCACGCUGCUGCAGUCGUUGCCACCAUGGACUCUUCAACACCCACUGGAGAUGCCCCCGCUGCAGCCACCGGCUCUGUGUGGCCUGUGGUCGCCUGGCUGGCGCUGGGAGGGCCAGGGAGAAAACAGGCUCUCAGGAACAGUCUCCGGAGGAGUGUGCCCAGGAGGCUGGGCACACUGCCUGUUCCCUGAUGCUGACCCAGUUUGUAUCGAGCCAGGCGCUGGCAGAACUGAGUACUGUAAUGCACCAAGUCUGGGCCAAGUUUGACAUCCGGGGUCACUGCUUCUGCCAGGCUGACGUCCGAGUAUGGGCCCCUGGGGAUGGGGGCCAGCAGAAGGAACCUACAGAGAAGACUCCCCCAGCUCCACAACCUUCCUGCAAUGGAGACGCCAACAGGACCAAGGACAUCAAAGAGGAGACCCCGGACUCCACUGAGGCCUCAGCAGAGGACCGUGCCAGCCGAGCCCCUCUGCCUUGUCCCUCUCUCUGUGAACUACUGGCCUCGACUGCUGUCAAACUCUGCCUGGGGCAUGAGCGGAUCCACAUGGCCUUCGCCCCUGUCACCCCGGCCUUGCCUAGUGACGACCGCAUCACCAACAUCUUGGAUAGCAUCAUCGCGCAGGUGGUAGAAAGGAAGAUCCAAGAGAAAGCCUUGGGGCCGGGCCUCCGGGCUGGGUCAGGCCUGCGCAAGGGCCUAAGUCUGCCCCUGUCGCCUGUGCGGCCCAGGCUGCCUCUCUCGGGGGCCUUGCUAUGGCUGCAGGAGCCCAGGCCUCAGCGGGGUUUCCGCCUCUUUCAGGAGCACUGGCGGCAGGGCCAGCCUGUGUUGGUGUCGGGCAUCCAGAAGACACUGCAAGACAACCUGUGGGGGAUGAAAGCUCUUGGGGCGCUUGGAGGUCAGGUGCAGACGCUGACCGCCCUCGGGCCUCCACAGCUCGCGAACGUGGACAGCACGACAUUUUGGGAGGGGUUCUCCCACCCCGAGACCCGUCCAAAAUCAGAUGAGGGUUCUGUCCUCCUGCUGCGCCGAGCUCUUGGGGAUGAGGAUGCCAGCAGGGUGGAGAACUUAGCCUCCAGCCUUCCGCUCCCAGAGUACUGUGCCCAUCAUGGGAAACUCAACCUGGCUUCCUACCUCCCCCUGGGCCUCACCCUGCACCCACUGGAGCCCCAGCUCUGGGCAGCCUAUGGUGUGAACCCACACCGUGGACACCUGGGGACCAAGAAUCUAUGUGUAGAAGUGGCUGACUUGGUCAGUGUCCUGGUGCACGCAGAGGCACCAUUGCCUGCCUGGCACCGGACACAGAAAGAUUUCCUCUCAGGCCUGGAUGGAGAGGGGCUCUGGUCUCCAGGUAGUCAAGUCAGUGCUGUGUGGCAUGUGUUCCGAGCCCAGGAUGCCCAGCGCAUCCGUCGUUUUCUCCAGAUGGUGUGCCCUGCAGGAGCAGGGACCUUGGAGCCAGGAGCCCUGGGCAGCUGCUACCUGGACGCAGGGCUGCGGCGGCGCCUGCGGGAGGAGUGGGGCGUGAGCUGCUGGACCCUGCUGCAAGCCCCUGGAGAGGCGGUGCUGGUACCUGCUGGGGCGCCCCAUCAGGUGCAAGGCCUGGUGAGCACAGUCAACGUCACCCAGCACUUCCUGUCCCCUGAGACCUCUGCCCUCUCUGCUCAGCUCUGCCACCAGGGAACCAGCCUGGCUCCUGACCACCGUCUGCUCUAUGCCCAGAUGGACCGGGCCAUGUUUGAAGCAGUGAAGGCGGCUGUGGGAACCUUACAGGAAGUUAAAUAGGGAAUCCCAGGGUCUAGGAGAGGGGUCACUGGGCAGGUAGGUCACCAGGUGCUUCGUCCAAGCAUAGCUUCAGCCGGGGACGGCACUGGAAGACUAGGAGACUUGGAGCAGGCCCACAAAUCUUUGUUUCAUCACUCUCGCCCUGGUCCUCAACAACCAGAGUGCUACCAAAACCCACACCUGCCCUCGGCAGGCCGGCACCUGCUCCACUCCUGUGCCCCUCUCCGCGGCACCAGGCUUAUUCUCUGGGUGGCUGACUCCUUCCAGCCCCUGCACCGCAACCCAGAAGCUGACCAUCCCUUCCUUGGGGGAACCUCGGGAGUUAUUCAGACUUAAGCAACACUUCCUUCUGCUGCCUCCGACCCUGCUACCCCAUCUGUGCUCCAAGCUCUGCUAUGCCACCUAUAAUCACAACGGGCUCCCGGAAGGCCCUUUUGCACUUGUAGGCCUGUGGGGCCACCAGAAUUCUGCCCUAAAGAGAAAAGCUUUGUGAUGGGGGAGGAGAUGGCCUCAGGUACUGGGCAGGCGUGGCUGGAGGGAACGACACGGGCAAUGCCACUGUGCUUCUGGUCCUUCUCCCACCUCCCUCCUUCGUGAUCUCCAUUAAAAUCUGUUGUUUUGUGACCGCU